CGGCGCGCGAGGGCGGGAUGACGUCAGAGCAGCCGGGGCGCGCUCCCCUCCCCCACUCCUUCGAGGCGCUGAGGGGAAGAAAGAUGGAGUCGGUGUUGCUCCUGAGGCCUGACCUCACCAAACAAGAGAUUCGUGAAAAGAUUUGGGAUUUUAUGGAAGCUCAGAAUUUGGCAGACUUUCCACGACCAGUUCAUCACAGGAUUCCUAAUUUUAAGGGUGCUUCUCAUGCUGCUGAAAGACUGCCAACUUUACAGGAAUUUAAAAUGGCUAGGACCAUUAAGAUAAACCCUGAUGCACCCCAGAAGAACGCUCGCUUUCUUGUACUUGAAGCAAGGAAAACAUUGUUAGUUCCUACACCGCGACUGAGAACUGGAUUGUUUAAUAAGAUUGUCCCACCACCUGCAGCAACCAAAGACAUCCUAAGAAAAUGUGCCACCUCCCAGGGGGUAAAGGACUACAGUGUGCCCAUAGAUUUGGAUUCCAAAGUCCUAGUGGAUUUGGUUGUGGUAGGAUCUGUGGCUGUUUCGGAGAAAGGCUGGAGAAUAGGUAAAGGGGAAGGUUAUGCUGAUAUGGAAUAUGCAAUGAUGGUGUCAAUGGGAGCAGUCAGGGAAGAUACACCAGUGAUCACUAUUGUGCAUGACUGCCAGGUAGUUGAUAUAUCUGAAGAACUCCUUGGAGAUCAUGAUCUAACAGUUGAUUAUAUCUUCACUCCAACAAGAAUGAUCAGAACCAACUGCAAGCGGCCAAAGCCCCAGGGAAUCCUGUGGACUAAAAUCAGCUACGAAAUGAUGGAACAAAUCCCAAUCUUAAAGAAUCUUCAUUUCAGGGAGAAGCAGGCCGGGAAAGAUGUCACCCUUCGAGACCAGCAAUUUGACCUUUCAGAAAGAAAAAACAAGCAAGCAAUCAUCACUGGAACUGCACCUAAGACUCCACGGAGGGAGGCUGAGUCUGCUCCAGUGGAAGACGUUGAUUCGAGAACCGAUGGUUUAACUUUGAAAACUGAAAUGGCUGUUGCUACCACUGUUUACGUGGGUAACAUUCCUCAAGAUGCAAGAGUAAGCCAUUUAAAGAGAGUUCUGAGGGAACGUAAUGCGGUGCCUUGGCGGCUCAAUUGGCAAGGACUUCAACACAGGGCAUUUCUUGAUUACAAGGAUAAGGUCACUGCAGAGGCUAUUGUGUCUUCCCUGAAGGGCUUAACUCUUGGUGGUCAUACCUUGUGUGUUGAGCUGGCUAAGAAGCAGAGGAUUAAAAGGUCUGGAAAUGAGUAGUUUGGGAAGUUGUGACUGGAAGUUGCAUAGCUGGCGUUGGAGAAAUGGAGGAGAAUUAGCUGUCAGAGAGAGGUGCUAGUCAGGGUGAAUCGGAGAUCUGUGUAAUAUAUGUCUCCCUCUCCACUGCUUUCAUGGCCUUGCUGUGUGAUCGUGGGCCGGUCACCUAUCUUGUACCCCAAUUUUGCCAGUGAUGCAGAUGUUGAUAUAGAUGAUCUAUGGAAGGAGCUUGGGCGUGGGAGUUAGAGGACCUUGGUUCUAAUCCCUGCUCUGCUUGCUGCCUGCUGUGUGACCUUGGGUAUGUCAC